AUGCUGAAGCCCGGCGACCCCGGCGGCUCGGCCUUCCUCAAGGUGGACCCUGCCUACCUGCAGCACUGGCAGCAGCUCUUCCCGCACGCCGGGGGCGGCCCGCUCAAAGGCGGCGGCGGCGGCGGCGGCGGCACCGCGGGGUCCCUGGGCGCGCCGCCGCCGCCGCCCCCCGAGCGCCCCGAGCCCUCGCCCGACAGCCUGCGCCCGCGGCCCGCCUCGCUCGCCGCCGCCCCGGCCGCCGCCGCCGCCGCCGCCGCCCUGGCCGGGCUGUCGGCGCUGCCCGUGUUCGCGCCCCUGGCCGAGCCGCCGCCGCCGCCGCCCCCCGAGCCGGGCCCCGCCAAGGCCGCCCCGCGCUUCCGCUGCAGCGCCGAGGAGCUGGACUAUUACCUGUACGGCCAGCAGCGCAUGGAGAUCAUCCCGCUGCACCCGCACGCCAGCGACCCCAACAACCGCUGUGACAUGUGUGCCGAUAACCGCAAUGGAGAGUGCCCCAUGCAUGGGCCCCUGCACUCCCUGCGCAGGCUCGUGGGCACCAGCAGUGCCGCUGCGGCUGCGCCCCCACCCGAGCUACCGGAGUGGUUGCGGGACCUGCCUCGGGAGGUGUGCUUGUGCACCAGCACGGUGCCCGGGCUGGCCUACGGCAUCUGCGCAGCCCAGAGGAUUCAGCAGGGCACCUGGAUCGGGCCCUUUCAGGGCGUGCUUCUGGCGCCCGAGAAAGUGCAGGCAGGCACCCUGAGGAACACGCAGCACCUCUGGGAGAUAUAUGACCAAGAUGGGACACUACAGCACUUUAUUGAUGGUGGGGAACCUAGUAAGUCAAGCUGGAUGAGGUAUAUCCGAUGUGCAAGGCACUGUGGAGAACAGAAUCUAACAGUAGUUCAGUACAGGUCGAAUAUAUUCUACCGAGCCUGUAUAGAUAUCCCCAGGGGUACCGAACUACUGGUGUGGUACAAUGACAGCUAUACGUCUUUCUUUGGGAUCCCUUUACAAUGCAUUGCCCAGGAUGAAAACUUAAACGUCCCUUCCACGGUGAUGGAAGCCAUGUGCAGACAAGACACCCUGCAGCCUUUUGCCAAAAGCAGCAAGCUCUCCCCGGCGCCCCAGCAGCGCUCUGUGGUGUUUCCACAGACACCCUGCAGUCGAAAUUUCUCGCUUCUGGACAAGUCCGGACCCCUUGAGCCAGGCUUCAGCCAAAUCAGCGUCAAGAACCAGCGUGUCCUGGCAAGUCCCACUUCCACCAGCCAGCUGCACUCUGAGUUUAGUGACUGGCACCUCUGGAAAUGCGGGCAGUGCUUUAAGACUUUCACACAGCGGAUUCUCCUCCAGAUGCACGUGUGUACACAGAACCCUGACAGACCUUACCAGUGCGGCCAUUGCUCCCAGUCCUUUUCCCAACCUUCAGAGCUGAGGAACCACGUGGUCACUCACUCCAGUGACCGACCAUUCAAGUGCGGCUACUGCGGCCGUGCCUUUGCCGGGGCCACCACACUCAACAAUCACAUCCGAACCCACACUGGAGAAAAGCCCUUCAAGUGCGAGAGGUGUGAGCGCAGCUUCACGCAGGCCACCCAGCUGAGCCGACACCAGCGGAUGCCCAAUGAGUGCAAGCCAAUCACCGAGAGCCCCGAAUCAAUCGAAGUGGAUUAACGGAUUGACUGGUUGGAAUUAAACUGCAAGGAAAAGUCAUGAUUAAAUGUCACGGACACUUAAGCAAAACCAAAGAUUUCCUCUGAGCAACUCUCAAUCAGUCCCAGAAAACCAAAAGCAGUAAUAAAAUAAGUAAGAUGUUAGAAGAUAUUGAUCCCGUGGUGGAAGUCAGACCAGGAAAGAGAUUAUUUAUUUAUGACUAGGGAUGAGACUUAUUUCAGUGAACAUCUAACCUGGAAUGGCGAACACUUCCAGUGUGACCAUGUAUUUGCUUUGUUUCUAAAAAGCUUUUUUUUAAAA